AUGGCCUAUGACGACCCUAGUCUCCACUUGCUGGAAUGUUUCUUGUUCCUUCAGAGUCUUUAUGUGAGUUUAUCUUCAGGCCGAGCAUUCGUGACUUUAUCUAAUUUUGCCAUUUCCUAUAUUGGGAAGAAGAAAUGCUGGAUUUGUGAUGGGAGGAGUGCUUACGUUGAAGCCGAGAUUAAAGGGAGUGGAGAUGAUGGCAGAAUAAUUGUUGAGACAACAGAUGGAAAGAGUCUAAGUGUCAAGGAGGACGAAAUCCAGCAGAUGAAUCCUCCAGAGUUUGAAAUGGUUGAAGACAUGGCAAUGCUGACUCACCUCAAUGAAGCAUCUGUACUGCACACCCUGAAGAGGCGCUACGAGCAUGGGAUGAUCUAUACAUAUUCAGGUCUCUCUUGUGUGAGCAUAAAUCCUCACAAGUGGCUUCCGGUGUAUCACAAAGAUGUCGUGGCCGCCUACAGAGGGAAGAGGCGAUCAGAGGCUCCCCCUCACAUCUUCGCUGUUGCUGAUAAUGCCUUUCAGGACAUGCUUCACAAUCGAAGGAAUCAGUCUAUACUCUUCACAGGAGAAUCUGGUGCUGGAAAGACUGUGAACACCAAACAUGUUAUCCAGUAUUUUGCCAACAUAGGAAUCACGGGUGAAUCCAGGGAAAGGCAGGGGACUCUACACGAUCAAAUCAAGCGAGUGAAUCCCAUUUUGGAAGCAUUCGGAAAUGCCAAAACCCUAAGGAAUGACAAUUCCUCUCGUUUUGGCAAGUUCAUCAGGAUGCACUUCUGUGCCAGAGGCAAGCUGUCAGCUGCAGACAUUGACACCUAUUUGCUUGAAAAAUCCCGGGUGAUUUUCCAGCAGCCUGGAGAGAGGAAUUUCCACAUAUUCUAUCAAAUUCUAUCUGGACAAAAAGCACUUCUUGAUAUGCUCCUGGUGUCUGAAAAUCCCUCUGACUUUCACUUUUGCUCUCAUGGAGUAGUUGCUGUCGGGAGCUCUGAUGAUGCUGAAGAAUUGCUGGUCACAAAUCAAGCCAUGGACAUCUUGGGCUUUCUUCCUGAUGAGAAGUAUGGAUCCUAUAAACUCACUGGAGCCAUCCUGCACUUUGGAAACAUGAAAUUUAAACAGAAACCCAGAGAAGAGCAAGUUGAAGCAGAUGGCAUGGAAAAUGCUGACAAAGCUGCUUUCCUCAUGGGUGUUAACGCCUCUGAGUUGGUGAAGGGCUUGAUCCAUCCUAGAAUCAAAGUUGGUAAUGAAUAUGUUACUAGAGGGCAAAAUGUAGAACAGGUGACCUAUGCUGUUGGUGCCUUGUCUAAGUCAAUCUAUGAGAGGAUGUUUAAGUGGCUGGUAGCACGUAUCAACCGGGCCCUGGAUGCCAAGUUGUCAAGACAGUUCUUCAUUGGCAUUCUUGACAUCACUGGUUUUGAAAUGCUUGAUUAUAACAGCCUUGAACAACUUUGCAUUAAUUUUACCAAUGAAAAAUUACAACAGUUCUUCAAUCAGCACACAUUGGUUUUGGAGCAAGAGGAAUAUAGGAAAGAAGGCAUUGACUGGGUGCCCAUCGACUUUGGCCUGGAUUUGCAAGCCUGCAUAGAUCUCAUUGAGAAGCCAAUGGGCAUCUUUUCCAUCCUUGAAGAGGAAUGUAUGUUUCAUCAGGCUACAGAUGUGACUUUCAAAACCAAACUUUUUGACAACCAUUUUGGGAAGUCAGUCCAUUUCCAGAAGCCCAAACCUGAUAGCGAGAAGAAACAUGAAGCUCACUUUGAAGUUGUCCAUUAUGCGGGGGUGGUGCCUUAUAACACCAGUGGCUGGCUUGAAAAGAACAAAGACUUUCUUAAUGAAACAGUGGUGGCUAUAUUUCAGAAGUCAUCUAACAGACUCCUGGCAAACCUUUUUGAAAAUUCUAUCAGUUCCAACACGGCUUUACAGUUUGGAGAGAAGAAACGCAAGAAAGGAGCAUCAUUCCGAGUGGUUGCAUCUCUGCAUAAAGAAAACCUGAAUAAAUUGAUGACUAAUCUGAAAUCAACAGCACCUCAUUUUGUGAGAUGCAUAAAUCCAAAUGUGAACAAAACGCCUGGUGUGAUGGAGCCUUAUUUGGUUCUACAGCAGCUGCGCUGUAAUGGUGUCUUAGAAGGGAGCAGGAUAUGCCGUGAAGGUUUUCCAAACCAAUUUCUGUAUGCUGAUUUUAAACAAAGGUACUAUAUUCUUAACCCAAGUGCCUUUCCAAAGAGCAAGUUUGUGAGCAUCAGAAAAGCCACUGAAGAAUUCCUUGACUCCUUGAAGGUAGACCACACCCAGUAUCGCUUUGGAAUCACUAAGGUGUUUUUAAAAUCUGGCUUUCUGGGCCAACUGGAAGCAAUGAGAGAUGAGAGACUUUCUAAAGUCUUUACAUUGCUCCAAGCCAGAGUACGGAGAAAACUGAUGCAAAUCAAGUUCCAGAAGAUUCUGGAAGAGAGGGAUGCACUUCUUUUGAUCCAAUGGAACAUAAGAGCUUUCCUGGCUGUGAAGAGCUGGCCUUGGAUGAGGCUCUUCUUCAAGAUCAAGCCUCUUAUUAGAUCUGCUGGAAUGGGAAAGGAGGUAGCUGGACUGAAGGAAGAGUAUGUGCAGCUGCAAAUAGCCUUGGAGAAAUCAGAAUCUCAGAGGGAGGAACUAAGAGCAAAGCAAGUCUCCCUUAUCCAGGAAAAGAAUGACCUGCUUCUUCAGCUGCAGGCUGAGCGAGAGACCCUGGCGAAUGCUGAAGAGCAGCGCGAGGCGCUGAUUAAAUCCAAGAUCCAGCUGGAGGCCAGCGUCAAGACGCUGUCUGAGCGGGUGGAGGAGGAAGAGGAGAUAAAUUCCGAGUUGACUGCCAGGGGGCGGAAACUCGAAGAUGAAUGUGCCGAGCUGAAGAAAGAAAUCGAUGACCUGGAAACACUAUUGGCGAAGUCACAGAAGGAGAAGCGAGCUACAGAGCACAAGGUCAAGAGCCUGACUGAGGAAGUGGAGUCUCUCAAUGAUGACAUCAGCAAACUCCAUCAAGCAGCUGACGCCAUGAGGGAGGCUCACCAGCAGACCCUGGAGGACCUGCAUGCAGAAGAGGAGAAACUGUGCACUCUGAGCAAAGCAAGAGUGGAGUCACUGGAGCAGCAAGUGAAGGAGCUGGAGGGUGCCCUUGAGCAGGAGAGCAAAGCGAGAAUGAACUGUGAAAGGGAAAAGCGCAAACUGGAGGGUGAUUUGAAGCUAAAUCAGGAGAGCAUGGAGAUCCUGGAGAGUGGCCAGCUGCAGCUGGCAGAGAAGCUGAGGAGGAAAGAAUUAGAAAUGAAUCAGAUGAGUUCACAGGUAGAGAAUGAGAAAGGCCGGGUGGCUCAGCUUCAGAAGAUGCUUAAGGAGCAACAGACUCAGAUACAGGAUUUGAAAGAGGAGCUGGAAGCUGAAAGGACUACUCGAGCCAAGGUAGAGAGGGAGAGAGCUGACCUCACCCGGGAGCUGGAAGACUUGAAUGAGAGGCUGGAGGAGGCAGGAGGGGCCAGUUUGGCUCAGCUGGAGAUAUCUAAGAAACAGGAAACAAAAUUCCAGAAGCUUCGCCAAGACAUGGAAGAGGCCACACUGCACUUUGAGGCAACUUCUGCCUCUUUGAAAAAGAGACACGCAGACAGCCUGGCUGAGCUGGAGAGCCAGGUAGAAAAUCUACAACAGAUCAAGCAGACCCUGGAAAAAGACAAGGGUGACUUGCAGUUAGAAGUGAAUGACCUCCUGACUCAGGUUGAGCAGAUGACCAGAGCUAAGGCUAAUGCUGAGAAGCUCUGUGGUCUACAUGAAGAACGCUUGAAUGAAGCAAAUGCAAAACUAGAUGAGGUGACUCAGUUGGCAAAUGACCUGACAGCACAGAAGGCAAAGCUACGGAAUGAGAAUGGUGAAUUCCUUAAAAGGCUGGAAGAAAAAGAAGCUCUGAUAAACCAACUUUCCAGGGAGAAGAGCACCUUCACUCUGCAGAUUCAAGACCUGAGAGGGCAAUUGGCAGAGGGGACCAAAUCACAGAGCGCCCUGGCCCAGGCCGUGAAGUCAGCCAAGCAUGACUGUGACCUUCUACGAGAGCAGUAUGAGGAAGAGCAAGAGGCCAAGGCUGAGCUGCUCUGGGCCCUAUUCAAAGGCAAUGCUGAGGUGGUGAAGUGGAGGACAAAGUACCAGGACGAUGCCAUCCGCAACACUGAGGACUUGGAGGAUGCCAAGAAGAAGCUGGCCAUCCGGUUGCAGGAGGCUGCUGAAGCCAUGGGAGUGGCCAAUGCCAAAAAUGCCUCCCUGGAAAGGGCUAGGCUCCGACUGCAACUUGAGCUCGGGGACACCCUGUGGGACCUCCGGAAGGCACGCUCCACGGCCGAUGCAUUGGACCGGAAGCAGCAGCACUUUGACAAGUGCCUGGACGACUGGAGGCAGAAGCACGAGGAGUCCCAGGUGAUGCUGGCCGCCUCUCAGAAGGAGGCUCGGGCCCUCAGCACUGAGCUCCUGGAGCUCAGGCAUGCCUAUGAGGAGAGCGCUGUGAGCCAGGAGGCCCUCCAGAGGAUGAACAAGGACUUGCAAGAAGAGAUUUCUAAUCUGACAAAUCAACUAAGAGAAGGAAAGAAGAACUUAAGCGAAAUGGAAAAGGUCAAGAAACAGAUUGAACAAGAAAAGACUGAAGUCCAGAUGACAUUGGAAGAGGCGGAGGGAGCCCUGGAACGUAAUGAAAGCAAGAUUCUUCGUUUGCAACUUGAUCUCUCGGAAACUAAAGCGGAAUUUGAAAGAAAGCUUUCAGAGAAAGACGAAGAAAUAGAAACAUUUAGGAGGAAGCAGCAGUGCACUAUUGACUCUCUGCAGUCUAGUCUGGAUUCUGAAGCGAGGAGCAGGAUCGAGGUUACCCGGCUAAAGAAGAGCAUGGAAGGGGACCUCACAGAGAUGGAACUCCAGCUCGGGAGUGCCAACCGGCAGGUGUCAGAGGCAACUAAAUCCCUGGGUCAGCUUCAGAUCCAAAUCAAGGACCUUCGGGUGCAGUUGGAAGACAGCACCCGCCUGAACAGUGAGCUGAAGGAGCAAGUAGCAGUGGCUGAGAGGCGGAACACUCUUCUCCAGUCUGAACUCGAGGAACUGAGGUCCUUUCAGGAGCAGACAGAACGAGGGCGCAGGCUGGCAGAGGAGGAGCUCCUGGAAGCCACAGAAAAAAUCAAUCUCUUCCAUGCCCAGAACACAAGUCUCCUCAGCCAGAAGAAGAAACUGGAGGUUGAUGUUGCCAGGAUGCAGAAGGAAGCUGAAGAGGCGGUGCAGGGGUGUCAAAAUGCAGAAGAGAAGGCCGAGAAGGCAGCCGCUGAGGUAGCAAAUAUGUCAGAAGAACUGAAGAAGGAACAAGACACCAGUGCCCACCUGGAGAAGAUGAGAAAGAACAUGGAGCAGACAAUUAAAGACUUACAAGAAAGGCUGGAUGACGCUGAACAGACUGCCCUGAUGGGGACAAGGAAGCAAAUCCAGAAACUAGAAUCCAGGGUUCAUGAACUAGAAGGUGAACUGGAGAGCGAGGUCCGACGCAACGCAGAGGCCCAGAGAGGAGCCCGCAGGCUUGAGCGCUGCAUCAAAGAGCUGACCUAUCAGGCAGAGGAAGACAAGAAAAGUAUGGGCAGGAUGCAGACUCUGAUGGAUAACCUGCAGCUAAAAGCACAAAGUUACAAGCAGCAAAUCGAGGCAGCGGAAGCAGAAGCCAAUCAAUACCUUUCCAAGUAUAAGAAGCUACAACAUGAGUUGAAUGAAGCUAAGGAAAGGGCAGAGAUAGCUGAGUCUCAAGUUCACAAACUCAAGAUUAAAGCAAAAGAGUUUGGGAGAAAGGUAUGUCAGAUAUUCAACUCUGCUCUGAUUCUUAAAGCAUUUGUUUCAGGCUCAUGUCAUCAUGUAGAAAUUUCUUAAUGCUUUCUUUAAAGGCUUUUUAAAAACUACAUUAAAAAAAAAAAACAGAUUCUGGUAGGAGUUCCCAUUGUGGCUCAGUGGGUUAAGGACCUGACGUGGUCUCUAUGAGGAUGCAGGUUUGAUUCCUGGCCUCACUCUGUGUGUUGGAUUGGGCACUGCUGUAAACUGUGACUCAGAUCCCAUGUUGCUGGGAACUUCCAUAUGCCGCAGGUGUGGCUGUAAAAAGAAAAACAAAACAGGUUCUGAUAAAAUCUUCCUGUAUUCUAUUUGUCCAGGAAGUGUGAGCUGCUAAGAAUGUGAGUGGGAUGUACUUAACACUUCUCAAAUGCUUAAUUCUAGGUUAAUUUGCAGGCUCUGAACUCCAGGGCCUAGAUUCAUGUGAGUAGAAUUGUCAGGAGUCCAGGAGCAAAGAUGAUGAAAAAAAGCACAGAAGGAUCUGCUUGAAAUUACAAUUCUUUCUAUGGUAGACAAGUAUAUGCUUUUUGUAUUGAUAUGCAGACCUGGGGAGGGAGGUUUAAAAUUGAUGCCCUGAAGGAGAACAUGCAAGAGUCCUGCUUUUUGCCUUUCCACCCUAAAACAGAGAAAGGAACUGUUUACAUCUCUGUGGUCCAUGAAACUUUAGUUCUGAUCCAAUAGCAGGAGCCACAGCCUUAAUUUUCCUGGUAAAGGGGCUGAGUGACAGAGAACACUAAAUGCAGGCUUGGCAGGGUCAGUGUCUUAGUCUGUUCAGGCUGCAUUACAGAGUACCAGAGACUGGGUGGCUUACAAACAAAUAUUUCUUAGUUCUGGAGGCUGGGAAUUCCAAGGUCAUGGUGUUGGCAGAUUUGGUGUCUGCUGAGGGCUACUGCCUUAGAGACAGCCCUCUUCUCACUGUAAGCUCACAUGAUAUAAAGGGAGGAAGAAGCUCUCUGAGUCUUCUUUCAUAAGGGCAUUAAUCCCAGAUAUGAGGACUCAACCCUCAUGACCUAAUCACUUCCCCAAAGCCCCACCCCCUAAUACCAUCACUGGGAGGGUUAGAAUUUCACCAUAUGAAUUUGGGGGUAGGGUACAUUUCAUACUACAGCAAUUAGGGAGGCCUCAGUUUCCUCACUGAGAUUUUUCCCAGUGUUUUUAAAUGUGAUCUGGCUUUAGGAGAAGUGAAUUAAAGAUUGGAUAUCCUCUAUAGAAUGCCUAUAGAGCACUUAGCAUAGGUACCAUCAUUUCAUUUUUUAAAAAGUAGUACAUGCUUGGGCUUCUUCCUUAUUUGUUAUAAAUGAACUACCAAUAACUUUGCAAGAUAAGUAGACAGGAUGGCCAGUAAUAAAUACUACCUUAUCAGAGGUCAAAAAAGAUCUCUUUCGGAGACUCAAAAUUGGUUAUAUUGAAUAUAUUAGGAUCCAAAUAUGAGAAUUAUGCAUCAUUGACAUACUCUAGAAUUUCUUAUUGAUGAGCAAAUAAGUUAUCUCAGGGAUAAGGCCUAUGUGAAGAGGUCCAGUUACAUGGUUUGAACUCUGGCGUCAAUUUGAGAAGUGUUAUGGCAUCUGAUUGGGGUCUUCUGUGCAGAAGCUGCCCAGCAACCCUGUGUAAUGGAUUUGUUUAGGGAAAUGCUUUCCACAUGCUACAAUUGCACUCAGCUGCAGGAGGUCAAAGGGCCUCUGAAACAGAUGUAAUGCAUUCGACUUUGUCACAGUUAUUUCCAACAAAGAAUAAAAUGAGUGAGGCAGAAAUUGCUUCUAAGAGGCCAGAGAUGAAUAGGAAAAUCGUCCUUGGCAGUGCAAUGACUAAUUGUUUUCCAUUCGCAAAAGGAAAGCCUGAAAAUCUUCCAACUGUCAUAAACCAAAGGAAAAGGUUUUCUGAUAGAAUUGUGUCAGGGCCUUGGAGCAAAUUGGUGAGGAGGCUACCUACCAUCUCUGCUUCAUGGGGUCUUCUGUAGAGGGCGCUGCCUUCACUGGCAAAGCCAGGCGGGCAGGAAAUUGAGCGAUGAGCAGGAAGUUACUGGUGUCUGCUUUCUUUCAGGCAGAUAAUUGCCUCAGUUCCCUGCCUCCCUUUGAAGCUAAGGGAGAGUUGGUUAAGGCCUGCUUUUGUCUGGAAAGCACUGGGCCUGGUUCUGGGCGUAUGUGUUCCACUGAUGAAAGUCACAGGAACCUCACAGAACAGAUAUUCUGUUUUUCAGGUUCGUGAAGAAUGAGCAGUCCUCACUUAUGAAGGAGAGAGGCUGGCGAAGUACAAGGAGGGUACUGUUUCAUAGUCAGAAACUUAACUUGCAUUUGAAAUAUACAUUUUAUGUUCUUUAUGGAAAUACAGUUGAUUUACAGUGUUAUAUUAGUUUCAGGGUUACAACGUGGUGAUUCCAUAUUUGUAGAUUAUACUCCAUUUAAAGUUACUAUAAAAGAUUGGUUAUAUUCCUUGUGCUGUUCAUUACAUCCUUGUGUCUUGUUUACUUUUUACCUAGUAGUCUGUACCUCUUAAUCUUCUUCCCCUCUCUCUACCUGUAACCACUAGUGUGUUCUCUGUAUCUAUACAUCUGUUUGUUUUGAUAUAUCCAUUCAUUUUUGAAACAUUUAAAAAAGAUUAGAAAAAUGUACUAAUAAAAGGGAAUAGUAUUGCUUCCAAGUUUAAUGGGGAUAUUUUUGAUCCUCAGAUGCAAGUAAACAUUUCACAUGAAAGAUUAAAUAGAUGCAAACAUCUUUUAAAUUCUGAUAUUAAAAAAUACUUUGUCCA